AUGUCGUCGUUCAGCUCGGUAAUCCGCAAACCAGGCGGCACGAUCGCCCCGAAAGUCGCACCAAGGCGAAACAUUGUCCGCAAGGCCACAAAUUCUGCUCCUACGCCUCAGCCUCAGACCAAAAGUGCGCCUUUACCUCAGACCGACAGCUCGUCUGCUCUUUUUUCAGAGCUAGUACAAGAUAAGGAUCCAGUGGAUGCGGCCAGCACCGGAUCUUAUGGCGAUGAAACCUCGAAGCGACAGGAAGAUGGCUCUACAAUUCGGUUGAACGUUCAAGAAGGGUUAGCGCAUAAUGAGAAUGAGUCUCUAGUUGAGACAGUACCUCAAAUCCACCCUGAGAAUGGAGAGCAUAGUGUCGCGUCGUCCCAGAGUGACAGUCAAUCUCAUACUGCAGCAGAUACUAGGGCCGAACCCAUAGAGGAGGCCACAACGCAACAGAACACGCAUGUUCCAGAUGUCCUCAAUGUUCCCAAUUGGCCCAAGCAGAAGUCUAAACCUGAACGUAAUGCUUCGAAGUCGCGAUUGAGCGCAACUGAGGCACAAAAUACCUCACCUCCAGUCCUGGCUGCUAUCGGUGGGCAGACGACUAAUGCCGAGCAUAUAGAGGCCGGGCCAGGAGAGGUUGAAAGCACAAACAACCCGUUGCCGACAGUCACUGCUCCCAAUACAACACGACCAAGGAGCAAGCGGAAACAGCAACCUCGAGGAAGUGUUGACAUCCUUCUCGCGCAGCCAACGAUUCCACCCACUCCUCCAAGCACCCAAGCCUCGAAAACUCCCGAUCAAGAUCCUGCCCAAACGAGCAAUUCUCGAAGAGCAACAUCUGUCGUCUCACGUAGAUGCGAGCCACUGUCCGAAGCCGAGGAGGCCUUGGAUAGCUUUCAUACAGGUAUACGCAGGCUAAGAGAACUAUCCGCCUCUAUCGAUCCACUGCGUACCACCAAUCAGCCAGGAGCGCCGUCUGGCAACCAUCGAGGAGAUGCCACGAUUCCCGCUGACGAUUCUGGUGCAGCAGUUGACCGACCUAGAAAACGACGUAGAAGGAACAACAAUACACCAAUGACGGUUCAACAACAAGCAGCGCAAGUCGUGGCCAAUGUUCUUGGUAUUCCAGGGCCAACACCAAAUCGUGGACGACGUCGACAACGCACGCCCGAAGAUCCCGAGAACUAUGAGAUAGAACCAGAGUCAACCAUGAUGAGCCAACUAUGCACUCCUAGUCACAACUUUGGCAAGAAAUCUGAUAAAGAGAAGGAGAUCGAAGCAAAUUGGCCAGAAAUUCUUCGUAGGCGGAAAGAGGAUGCCCAGGCUCGACUUGUCGCUGCCAAUGAGAACCGCAGAAGAAAAGGCGUGUCAGGCGCUAAUGCCGGCGAGCAAUUACAAACUGAUGGGCCAGAUGUGAACGUGGCCAGCACUAUGGUCAUAGAGAAUGGUGUGAUCGUGGCCAGCAGCCGUGAGAUCGAUCAGAUACAGCACGCUCAAAAACAACUGGAGGCCGUUGAUGACGCUAAGAUUCUAGAAGAUGUCGACAUAUACAAACGUGUCAACAGCCAUACCAUUGCCAGCAAGCAACAACUACCAGCAGGUCAGCGCUGGGACGAUCAGCUUACGGAAAUGUUUUAUCAGGGGUUGAAAAUGUUCGGGACAGACUUCAAAAUGAUUAGCAACAUGAUACCCGGCAAGACGCGGAAACAGGUCAAGCUGAAGUACAACGUAGAAGAACGGCUACACUGGUCUAGGGUUCAGCGAUGUCUGGACCAAAGGGAAGAGGUCGACCUAGUUGAGUAUGGCAACUCUGCUGACAUGGAGUGGUGCAAUGCUGCAGAUGUCUACAAACAGAUGGAGGAGGACGAAAAACGACUUCGAGAAGAGGACGAAGCCAGAAGACGUGAAGAAGGAAUCAUAUCUCAAGACAGACCUGACGCCGCCAACGCAGACGGAGAGGCUGACAUUGCAGUGCCCAGCAUCGAAGGACCGGAUGGUGAAGUCUCCGAGGCAACCAGCACAGGCUUAGUGGCUGGUGACCGGGAUAGACAAAGCACAGCUGCAGGAAGUCGUCUCGGAUCAACCACUACUGGAAGGCAGACUGCUCAACCUUCCGGUAAGAAGAAGCAGACCAAGAAGGCAGCUUCUACUUCGAAGCGUGGCAAGCAGGCUGCGAACAAGAACAAGAGCUUCGAAGGAGUGGAGGAGCGACUUGGUGACGUGGGCGACAUCACGAUUCCAGGAGGUUGA